AUGGAACCUCCUCGAGAAUCAUUCACUCUGGUAGCGAAAGAUACACAAGAAGUGAAUCAAUUAUUACUGAUUCUUCGACAAUUAUUAGCCAGUAAUGAAGAGAAAUUAAUGAAAAGUCAGAUUGAUUGUAAUUUAGAUUCCGAUUGUGAUGAUCCUAGUGAUAAUAAUAAUAAUUUUGAUGGUAUUGGUAUCGAUGUGAAUGAUUCAGGGGAUACAAACAAAAAAGAUGAUGAUGAUGAUAAUGAUAAUGAUGAUUCAGUCAGUGAACCAGCGGCCAAGAAGAAACGUGUAUCUUCAGAUUGUGAUGAUAAUGAUAAUACUCAGAAGCAAACUAUGCGAUUACGUAAUGCAGUGGAGUCAUUAAAACGUUUAAUAAAAAAUCUAGAAGAUCUGUGUAAAUCAUUAGUGGAUAAAGAAAGUGAACGUGUUGAUGCACAACGACUAGCUCGAUUACGAUUACGCAAAGAUGUUGAACAUUGGAAGGAGGUUGAAGCUAGAAAGAGUAAGAAGUCAGCACACAAUUAUAAUCAAGAUAGCAGUUAUACACCUGUACAAGAGUCUCGUUCUAGCCUCCUGUCAUCUCUUCAUCAAGUAGAUACAUCAAAAGAUCGAGCUGAACGACAUUUACGUCGAGAACGAAGACGUCAAGCUCAAGAUUCAUCUGACAAUGAUAAUGAAGAUAGUGGUGGUGAUGGCGGUGACGGGGAUGAUGAUAAUAAUAACGAAACUGGUAGUGAUGAAGACAGAACGACUUCUGAUAAACAAAUUGAGAGGAAAGAAUCGGCGAAUAAUGUUGCUGUCGUCAAACGAUCCAAUACUGCUACUACUAAUAAUAGUAAUUCACCAUUCACAUCUAAAAGUACUCAUCUUACUACUCAUAACACGUCAACAUCUCCUCAGUAUAAUUCAACUAGAAGCAGCAGUAGUCGAAGAAGUAUUGACAAAAAUACUAAUAAUAAUAAUAAUGCUAGUUAUCAAGCAUUCGCUAAUCGUAUCAGUGCAAGUGGUACACCGAAAAUACCUAUUUCACGAUUUUCACCUGAAGAUACUUUAUCCACAGUAGUUGUACGUCGAUCCGCUUUGCUGGAACCGCGUAAAACUGUUUCUAUCCUACCGAAAUCACCAAUAUCCUAUUCAUCAUCAAAGUUGAAUAGUCCUACAACACCUACUUAUAAUGGUAAUAGUAGUAAUAGUAGUUGUAGUAGUAGUAGUAUUAGUGGUGUGUUCGGGCGUCGUCCAACUGACUCAUUCACCAAUUCACCAUUUCGAACAAAUACAAUAUCACGUAAUCAACCGUCGAUUCUACGUCCAUGUCUGCCUAAAUCUCCACCGGUUAAUCAGAAUUAUCAUCAUGUCAAUGGUUUGUCUUCUACACUGACAAAUUCACCACUUUUGAAAUAUAAUAAUAAUAGUAGUACUGGUUCAAUGACUCCCUUGAAACCAACAUCUCCUCCCUUUCAUCAUCGUCAUCAGCAUCACCGUCAUCAAGUAUUCCUAGGAGUAAUAAUACUAAUAGUAAUACGCCUGGUGCUAAACCGCCAAUUCGUAAAAUUUAUCGUGUUUGUAACACCUUGUUUACAGAAGAUGCAAAACCUGUAAAAAUUGGUCCAAAUGGUUGUUUAAUCCCAAUCCCAUUGGAGAGUAUACCAAUGAGUCAAAGGCAGUUAGCCCGUCAAAUGAUAUCACGAUAUCAUCAACAUGUGAAUUCCACACCAUCUGCGUUGUCUUCUUCUUCUUCUACUCCAGGAGUCUCUAAAACUCCAACACUGUCAACAACACCAUCGUCAGUUGAGGCCGCCGCCGGCGCUGCCACCACAACGACAGCGAAAGCGACAACGGCAGUAGCUAAUCCUGUUAAGUCAUAAAUAGUUGUGUGAAUAUGUUUAGAAAUAGUGAUACUACAAAGCUGUUGAUAAAUAAAAAAACAAACAACAAAAAUAUAUGUAUACUAAUCAGUUUCUAUUCCAACCUUCACAUUUCUAUCGAUCUCUUUUUUUUGUCAAUAAAAACAAACAGACAAACAACAAAAGCCCAGAUGUGUACGGAUGAUUUGAUGCAGUUCAUUUGUGUAUUUUGUUUGAUCCUACUCUUUCUUAUUCUCAUUGUUUGUAUUUUGUGAGGGUGUUUGUUUUGCUGUUACUUCUCGUUCCGACUCGCCCCGCUCCGCCCUGCCCCACCCUAAAUUGUCUUCUAUGUAUGUAUGUUUUAUGUGUGCAUGUAAUGCUAAUGUUCAAAUGAAAAUGUCAUUUCUGUGUUUAUUUCUCCCCAUCCCCACCCUACGCCUCCAAAAACUUCCUCUUAAUCUUUUCCGCCUCCCCCCUCCCCCUUCCUUAAAGGAAAGACGGUGGGAGGGGGGGGAAAAGCAAUUGGAUUUUUCAGUUGGUUAACUUAUUUAUAUUUAUUGAUUUGUUUGUUUGUUUUAU